GCGAAAACGAACAAAACGAACGAAACGAAUGAAAUCGACGAUUUCCGUCGUGAGUGGCUACGUCAGCAUCGUGCGCGCUCGGACUGGCAAACCAUAAUCAAACCGUGUUAUGACAAUAUGGCCUGGGGAAAGGUGAAGGCUGGAUGGGGAAAAGUUAACAGAACCAACGCCUUCACAAGUAACAUAAUAUUUCAGGACAUCAGGCCUGCUGAAGAAUAUAGUAAGAUUUUCAUCCAGUCAAAAACUUCGGAUAACAGAACAAAAGUAAUCGGUGGAGACACCUGGAGAGUCCACGUACGUGGCCCAUCAAGCAUUGCGGCCACUGUUUUUGAUCACAACAAUGGAACUUAUGAGGCUCUGUUUCUUAUUAUGGAGCCUGGUAUCUACCAGCUGUCAAUUUAUCUGGAUUAUAGUCUAUGUGAUGGAUUCAAGGACCCUCCACGUGACUGGUUCAUUAAAGGGGACGCUCAAGGCAAAUAUCAGAAGGAAGGUCUUCUAGGCCCUCUGGAUGAUUAUUUGGUAAAGCCCCUUCAGGGCGGAAGACUUUUCGAGAUAAACGUAGCAAGAACAAAGAUGAACUUGAAAUUAGCCGGUAAGUAACCUGGAGGCUUUGACCGCGAACGCUUUGUAGGGGUGAAUGUGUCGCUUAGAGCGCUUUUCGACUAAUUAUCGAAAAACCAAAACUAAGUUAAUCAAAACGACCAGUCGGAUGCAGCGAAAAUUCCAAGAGCAGCCAAUGAGAGCUAAAUGCAAAAAUACGUAAACAGCUUCAAGCGCGGGAAAACGCGAGUGACCAAUUCGCGAUUGGUUCGAGCCUUACAUAAUUUUUUUAGAAAAGGCGCGAAUUCUCUGGACCGAUCACAAAGCGAAGAUCAAGGGCUCCUUGGAGCUACCUCAUCGUAUGUCUUAAUUAAUAAGAACUUUAACCUUUCAUCUCUUUCCAAUAGCGAAUGGCGUACCCCAAAAUGACUGGUUAGGUUUAACUUAAAAAGCAUUAAGUUUAGCUGGAGUACUAAAAAUACUGAGCUGUUUCAUGAAAAGUUGCAAAAGUUGUCUUUUAUUUUCCUGAAAUUUGAUUGGUUACUUUAAUUUAAACAAGCCAUAAAAUCUGCUCGUUUGGUUUACUUUAGUAAAGCUUACUCAUAGGCUGAGAUAAAGAUGGGAUCUAGAGAAAAAAAAAUGGUGCGGUUCUUGAAUAAAUCGCACCGACGAGAGCCAAUACGAUUGCAAGGACCACCAGUGAUUUCAAACGGGAUAAAAUAAGUUGUUCAAUUCAACAAUAUCUCACGGUUGAUUUUUUACUUUCUUCUCAUUACGUUUCUGCUUGGAAAUGCACUAAUCCUGUAGUAAGAGAUUUAUUACUGGUAACUCCUGAGAAUAUUAAGGUUCAUCUCUCAAUAACCUCUAGAAUAACUGAAUUUCAAUUUAUCGUUUAUUAAAUCUUUUUUCCCUACAGACAGACUUCAUUCUCUAGAGUCUUGCUCCUCCACUUGCAACAACUUGUGGGAAGGAUUUGGUCGAUGGAAGAAUGACACCUGGCGGCCAUACCUUGAAGGUAAGAACUCACCUGUCGUUAGCCAAAUAGGAGGAACCUGGCCAUAAUUUCCGUUGUAACAAAAAUUAAUAAUAAUAAUGAUAAUACUAAGAAUAAUAAUAUUAAUGAUCAUGAUAAAACUGGUGGAAAUUUUGCAAUGGACAUUUCACUAGAUGACUCUUUUUUUUCAUUGUUUCUAGGUCGAAUUAAAAUUUGGAAUGCUGAUUUUUGCAAGCAUUUAAUUCAAUUCGCUGGCAUUGGGCUGUGAUUAGAACUAGUAAUUAGGCUUAGAAAGAUGCAUAGACUACGAACAGUACCUCCUUUCGGUUUAGACCGUCAGGCCAGUUAAAAAAAAAGCAGGAAAUUUGAGACUACAUAUGGCUACUGAUACGGCACAACUUUUAUGAUAUUAAAAAAAAACUAGGGGUUGUAUAAUAAUGCUAAAAGGUAAUGUUGUAGUAGAUCUCUCUCAUACGCAAAACAGAAACCUGCUGCAUCCCACAUAUUUUUGAGAACCUUAUUUAACCGAAGAAAGAUGAUUCAAGAAUAUAGUAAAUAGUUGACACUCAACCAAUAAUUAAAUGGUAACAAAUAGUCAUAUUAACAAUAAUAACAAUAAUCAUAAUUUAUAGGGGCUAGCUCAAGAACCUCACUGUUCCUCGACAGCCUAUUCUCUAAUUAUUUUCUUAUUUCAUUGCAAUUCUAUUUUCGCGAGACUUUCGUUUCCUCCAGCAAGGUAUUCCACAUGGUAGGAUAUUCCACCAUUCCAUAAUUCCACCGUUCUAUCAUUCUGUAAAAUAAGGUCACGCGUUGAACUCUGGGAGUGGAUUUCGUGCGCCCGACACUCCCAAAGUUUCGUGCGGCGCGAUGACAUUUUUUUUAUUUUUUUAUUGCUGUUGUUUUCUUCAGUGGCGCGAAGGAUUCCGCAUAAAGGAGGGACUGUUUAUGGUCAAACGGAUGAAUUGAAAUUUCCUUCUUUUUGGACUCGGUGCUCCCUCGACAUGAGGGAUUUUAUAUAUCAUUUAGUUUUUUCAACGCCAUCUGGCAGAAGAAACUUGUCUCAUAUUUUUCACUUUUCUUUUCAAUAAUUGUUUCCUUACAGAAUCAUACAACUGGUCCUUACCAGCAUACCACAACUCUUCUGGAACUUUAUGGGUCUAUGGGGAUUCCUUAGGGCUUUUCUUUCAUCAAGCAAUCAGCUCUCGACCCCUGUGUAAAAGGCUCUACUCCAAAUGCAAAAACAGUUAUAACUGGCUCUAUCCAAGAAUUGAUGGCAAAACUGAAAAGGAUUUAGACCUUGACUUCCGUCCUGAGAAAGUCUUGAAUGCUAUUCGCGAUGUUCUUCAUACGACAGACCUACAACAACCUUCCAGUGUAUUACUUUUAAACCUUGGACUUCAUUAUCCGUACAGCCUUAAUUUUACAACUUUCCAAAAGGUCCUCGGGAUGGUAAUAAACUUGUUGAAAGAGACAAAGUAUAAAGCGAAGGUCAUUUGGAAAUCAACUACAGCUAUAUUCAAGCAUAAGGGAACGAAGUUCAACCCAACAGAUAAGAGAUUCCUCACACCGCAGGUUAGUGCAUAUUUCUCUGUAAUGAUAACCCUUGACUGGUAGUAUAGUAUUUGGGACCACAAUUUUUCAUCGCCAUAGGGGAAGAGAGGGAGAUCAGUCGUCUCUUAGAGAUUUUAAAGGGGGACUAUAGAAAUUUGACCGUUAUAAGUUAAACUUUUGCACAGCCUUAAGGCAGGACCAGGUAAUCUUUAUUGUGACACAGCUAUAAGUAAAGACCGAUCCCUUAUCUUAUUCUUUAAUUAUUUUUUUUUUCAGCGUAUUCAAUUGUUCAGCGCAUACGCCAUGUCCACCAUCUGCCAGGCGGGUUUUGAUGUCAUAGACUUGUAUCCGCUGACCCACUCGUAUCCGGAGGGUACGUUCCCUAAGGACAUAUCCCACUAUCCACACAAAGUGUUUUUCCCCCUCGAAACGCUUUUAGAAAAAUAUAAAGUAAACAAAAAUCAACGAAUAGGAACGGAUGAUAACAAGGUAAGAAUUAGACGAUGUACCAGCUGA